CAGCAUCAGAUCCGAGUCUCUACACUAAAUUGAUAUCUCUAAAUCCAGAAUUGCGCACUCCUUUACCAUGUAUAAAUCUGAGCUGACCCCCAGCUUCGCGCCGUUCAUCGGCAUGGCUGGAAUUGCCAUAGCGAUGAUUUUCGGGUGUAUUGGCGCCGCCUACGGAACUUGUAAAUCUGGAAUGACCAUUGUCGGCGUGGGCAUUAUGCGACCGGAUCUUGUCAUGAAGAGCCUGAUGCCGGUCGUCAUGUCUGGGAUCAUAGCAGUCUAUUCACUUGUGGUCUCGGUCCUCAUCGUUGAAGAGAUCCGGCCCCCUUCACCUUCGGAACCAAACUACAGCCUAUAUGCGGGAUUCCUCCAUCUUGGAUGUGGUAUCGCUGUCGGCCUAACGGGGCUCUGUGCGGGCUAUUGCAUUGGCGUCGUGGGUGAUCAUGGCGUUCGCGCAUAUAUGGAGCAGUCUAAAGUUUACGUCGGCAUGAUCUUGAUUCUGAUUUUCGGAGAAGUCCUGGGUUUAUAUGGUCUCAUCGUCGCGGUGCUUCUCAACACCAAGAGUAAGGUGUAAUGGCCUGCCUACAGGACAGUAUGCACGCGAUAUCGCUGCCGCGCUGUAAGCUGUACAAUGUCCCUAAUGCCCAAUAAGGCAUUUUGUGUAUUAUCAGUAGGCUCCUACGUAUAUCUUACAGAAGAUACUCAUCACACACCCUGGCACAUAGUAAUGGAAAAGCACUCCAACAGUAGGUUGGUGGUUCUUAAUAGUGGGACACGAAAACCAAUAACACGAGAUAGCCCGAGCUAUUGCAAC